GAUAAAAGAGGAACUUCGUGCGUAAUUUCAGGGGGGCGUUUGCUAAAUAGCACAGCCGGGACCGGUCCUGUCACUGGUGGCUUCAAGAAUGUUCCGGGUUUCUGUAGAAGAUCGUAGAACGGACUAGUCACUACUCAAGGCGCCUUAAACAACUAUUUUACUCUCAGUGACGACGCCAGAACGAUUGGGAGACGUCCAUUGAGGCAUUGUCGACGUCAUAAGGGUAUAAAAAAUGGCACAGCGGCUUUUUAACCCGCAGAAUUUAGCGAUGUAUGCCGAAGAACCGCCACUACCGAAAGGUUGGGAAAUGCGACUCGAUCCGCAAACCGGUUGGCCGUUUUUUAUCGACCACAACACCCGGACAACUACAUGGCAGGACCCGAGAAGACAGAUGCCCGGUCAGAACAGGCAGACUGGACACAACCAGCAGCAGCCGCCUCAGAGCCGUCAGAUCCCUGUGCAACACGAGAGCGCCCCCCAGCAGAGGUACACGGUACCGCAGAAGGAGAACUACCACAGCGCCAGGCAGACUCUUCCACAGAACGGGCAGCAGUCUAAGGGUUUUACCCAGAUUCCUGUGCAGCAUGAGUCGUCGGCGCAGCAGCCGCGUACACGGCACAUGGAUCACGUGGCGGAGCCGUCACAGCGCGGGCCGCAGCCCGGGGUCUCCCCCCAGCAGGCUCGCAGACUCUACCCCCCGCGGGGGGGCUCACCCAAACCUGCUUCACCACAGGCACAGACGGUGAACUCCCGAGUGCGUGACGUCCCUAUCCAGCGCGUGCAGACGCCUCCGUCCGGCUCCCCACAACAGCCGCGCCGCGAAAAACUGGAGACGCCACCGCCACAGAUCCAGCCACAACCGGAACCAGCAAGGGAACAACCACCGCCCGAACCGGAGCCCGCUCAACCUCAACCCAAACCCUCCUCUCUGGAGAAGAUCGAAAAAAUCAUGGCCGACGUGAACCAGUUGUACAACGAGGUCCAGGAUUUCCGCGGGCGUAAGGAGGACAAUCUUAAAGAAUAUCUCCGACUUGAGGAGUUCCUGACAAAAUGCUUGCUACAGCUGGACGGCGUGGAAACGGAAGGGAUCGCGGAAGUUCGGACUGCGCGGAAACAAGCCGUCGUCAAGUGUCAACAGGCGCUAACCGACCUGGAUUCGAAGGGGAAGGGAGAAGACGCAGCUCCGGUGGAGAACGCAGAAACGACGGACGGACGGAACGGCGGCGGGGAAACGGAAAAGGACCAGAAUGCACCGCAGGGCGUUCCCAUGGAAACCGAACAAGCGUCGGACGAGAAAUCAACAGAAAACAAAAACAGAGACGCUGAAAAUGGAGAAAAGAAGGAAGAAAACGAAGUGAAAAAAGAGGAAAAUGCAGACGGGAAGUCGCAAUAAAGACUGUCCUCAGCGUAGUUAGGAGAAUUGAAAGUUUGAUCACAGGCUUUGUUGCUGCUGUGCAAUUCACCAUUUUUCCCUAGAUAAAACAUAUGGAAGUUAAGAUACAGCUAAUAUUGGGUGUUUCUUGCCAGUAACAAAAGCAGUAUGUUACUGUGGAAGCUAUAAUAUGCAUGGUAACGGCUGCUUCAGGUGGUAGCUAUUAGGUAUAGGGUUUCAUGUUUACAGACUAAUAUUUAAACUGCAAUGAUAUCAAGGCCUGUAACAAGAUCAAGAAAAGAUUCAAUACUGUCAGGGUUAAGUGUGUAAAAUUUGAAAGAUAACCAGCAAUAGUAAAGAUUCUAUGUCUUAAAAGACGAUAUAUAGAAAACAGUUGAGCACUAAAGCUGAAAUUCUGGCAAUGGCUUGGAUGCAUCUAAACUUUUCAGACAACACUACUCAGUAGUAAGAGUUGUCAAUAGAUGUAAUUUUAUCAAACAAAUGGAUUUAAAAAGAGUUGAAAUGUGAUUAAAAACUAUGUAUUCUUCCCAGAACUGUGCUUACGAUAAUCUGCAUUACUCUGGUAAAUUAUGAUAAUUGGGA